ACGAAACUCACCAAAACCAAAACCAAACCCACACCAACCAAAAAAUGGCUUCAAACACCACUUUCCUCUUCGCCACCGUGGCACUUCUUGGCCUCCUCCUCCUGCUCCAACACACCACCGUCUCAGGCAGAGAUCUUCCAUCGGAGUCAACCAACAUAGCGGCGAGGCUCCAAAGCGGAGGACUCAUGGAGUGUUGGAACGCCUUGUACGAGCUUAAGUCAUGCACUAACGAGAUCGUUCUCUUCUUCCUCAACGGUGAAACCAAACUCGGUGUUAGUUGUUGCGAAGCUGUCGACGUUAUUACAACUAAUUGUUGGCCUGCGAUGCUCACUUCUCUCGGCUUUACAUCUGAAGAAGCUAACGUCCUCCGUGGCUUUUGCCACGAUCCAAACUCCACCGCCUCUUCACCAGCUGCUUCUCCCAAUAAAGCUUGAUUAAUAUUUUAAAUGAUUUUGUGAUUUUAUAUUUUUACAUCCUUUUAUCUAUUACCAAAUAAAAGAUUGAUCAAUAAUUUUU